UCGCCACCUAAAACCGUCGACGCACGACCAUAACGUUGCGAAAGAGAUGCCCCCGCGCGAUAACGUCGUUGUUAUUGCGAGGCAGCGCGUCCGACGCGACGUCAGUUUUCCAGCGACUCGGGAAAAACGAUGACGACCCAGUCGGACGAGGCCGUGAUGCCUGGCAUAUCGGAUCCCACUCGUGCGAAAAGUUUACUCCGAACGAAUCCCCAAAACGCGCGCCAGCACUCGAAAGCGCUCCUAGCCAGCAGGAUGCCCAACAUUAAAGUGUUUUCGGGCACGUCGCACCCCGACCUAGCCCAGAGGAUAGUCGACCGGCUCGGCAUAGACGUGGGCAAAGUGGUGACGAAAAAGUUUAGCAAUUUGGAGACGUGCGUCGAGAUUGGCGAGUCUGUAAGGGGUGAGGACGUUUACAUCGUACAGAGCGGAUGCGGCGAGAUCAACGACAACCUGAUGGAGCUGCUCAUCAUGAUAAACGCGUGCAAGAUCGCGUCGGCGAGUCGCGUUACCGCCGUCAUUCCGUGCUUCCCUUAUGCGAGGCAAGACAAAAAGGACAAGAACGUGGGCAGCGACAAGGAAAAACACGUGGAAAAGUGGAAGUCGAUCGAGUGGAAGUUCAGGAGUCGGGCCCCGAUCUCCGCCAAGCUGGUGGCCAACAUGCUGUCGGUCGCGGGGGCCGACCACAUCAUCACGAUGGACCUGCACGCGUCGCAGAUCCAAGGCUUCUUCGACAUACCAGUCGAUAACUUGUACGCGGAGCCGGCGGUGCUCAAGUGGAUCAAAGAGAACAUUCCCGAAUGGCGGAACAGUAUUAUUGUGUCGCCGGACGCGGGCGGGGCGAAACGCGUCACCUCCAUCGCGGACAGGCUGAACGUCGAGUUCGCGCUCAUCCACAAAGAGAGGAAAAAGGCGAACGAGGUAGCGUCGAUGGUCCUAGUAGGCGACGUCAAGGAUCGCGUGGCCAUCUUGGUCGACGACAUGGCCGACACUUGUGGCACGAUCUGUCACGCUGCCGAGAAACUGAGCGAGGCGGGGGCCACGAAAGUCUACGCGAUACUGACGCACGGCAUAUUCUCGGGCCCCGCGAUAUCGCGGAUCAACAACGCGUGUUUCGAGGCAGUCGUCGUGACUAACACGAUACCCCAGGACGGGCACAUGAAGGAGAGCUCCAAGGUGCAGUGCAUCGACGUGUCGAUGAUGUUCGCGGAGGCGGUGCGCCGCACCCACAACGGCGAGUCCGUCUCGUACCUCUUCUCCAACGUGCCCUACUAGGGUGUUUUUUGUUUUUAGGUUAGGUUUCCUUUAGACCUAUUUUUUUUAUAUGUUAGGAUAUUAUAUUGUAAUCUCUUAGGGAUAAACAUUACAAAAGACACGUUACACGAAAUAAAUCAC